CAGAGAAAAUUCUGAAAAGUAACGAAACUGACAUCUGUACUUUUCUUUUUCCUUUUGGUGUUUCUUCUUCUUCAAGAAACAAAUUAAUAUACUAGUGUGCUCUAUUUUGAGUUGUUUCUUUGAGGGAAUAGGCAACCGUCUUAAUAGUUUGUUUGGCUUCUGGGAAAGUUAUACUCUCAAAUAACAAUAGAGAAAGAGAAACUUGUCGUCUCGCAUAUUAUUCAAUCUUUGGUUAUUUUAUUUUAUUUUUUGUGAGACAAACAGCACAAGAAAAGGCGUUUCAAGAUUACUUUCGGUUUUGUUUUUGGUCUUUUUUUGGAUUUCUCUUUGUGUACGGUUUCUGGAUCUCUUCUGUUUCAUCAGAUGCAGAAAAAGCAUAAUUCUUCUCCGUGAUUUGCUGUUACAAGAGCAUCAGAGUUCUUUAUCUGAUUCUGGUUACUACCACAAGGUUUUUUGGCGAUGACUUAAGAUCCUAAGAACAAGAAGAAACAUGGGUUUAAGCAUGUCCUUCGUUUUUUUUUCUUUUUCUUUUUCUUUCUCUUUUUUCUCAUUUUCUCUUUUCUAUUUCUUUACUACUACAAGUGUAUAAUCUUCAAGAUUAUAAUAAAUUUGAUCUCCUUUUCUCGUGGACGUAGGUGAUCACAUUGACCCACGUGAAUAAUUUGUCUUCUCAUAAGGUUUCGGAGCUAACAAGAAAUGUCUGCUUCUUGAUUAAUUCGUUCAGUGGGACAUCUGAAUUAAUCAGAAGUGUUGCAUUGAUCUCAGAAUUUAACUAUGGAAUCCCAGAAGCCGCCAAAUGCUGAACCUGCUAAGAGAUCAUCAUCAAUUCCAAAUCGACUCCCAAUGGCAAGACGUGGACUUGGGAGAACCGGCGAAACUAUACAACUUGUAACCAACCAUUUCAAAGUUUCCAUGCACUCCAAUGCGAACACUGGUGCCCACUUCUACCAAUAUAAUGUAUCUCUGGCUCAUGAAGAUGGGCACCCGGCUGAUGCCAAAGAUAUUGGCAGAAAAGUUAUGGACAAAGUUCAUGAGACUUAUCACACUGAGAUGGCUGGUAUGAGCUUUGCCUAUGAUGGCGAGAAGAGUUUGUUUACAAUUGGCUCUCUUCCAAGCAAAAAGCUCCGAUUCACGGUUGUCUUGGAGGAUGCAUCAUCAAAUAGAAUAUCAACUACAAGAAACAUAGACAGCCCUGAUGAUGGGAGUGACCGAAAAAGAUCAAGGCGUCCCUACCAUUCCAAAACAUUCAAUGUGGAGAUUAGUUUUGCAGCCAAAUUCCCAAUGGAUUCCAUUGUAAGGGCAUCAUACGGCCAGCCAUCAAAGCACCUCCAGGACGCCGCUCGGGUUUUAGACAUCAUACUAAGGCAGCAUGCAGCAAAGAAGGGCUGCCUUGUUGUCCGACAGUCAUUUUUUGACAAUCUACCUAGGAAUUUCACACCUUUGGGAGGUGGUGUUCUUGGAUGUCGAGGUUUCAAUUCAAGCUUCAGAGCUACUCAAGGGGGUCUAUUCUUGAAUAUGGAUGUCUCUACCACACUGGUCAUACAGCCUGAUCCAGUGAGAGAUUUUCUCGUCUCUAAUCAAAAUGUUAAAGACAUGUAUCACAUUGACUGGAGCAAGGCCAAAAGGAUGCUAAAAAAUCUGAGGGUCAAAACUUUACACUCCAAUGCAGAGUGGAAAAUCAGUGGAUUGAGUGAGAGGACCUGCAGAAAUCAAACCUUCUUAAUGAAACAAAGAAAUGAAGGGCCGGAUGGGGAUGAAGUCCGAAGUGUUGAAGUAACAGUUUAUGACUAUUUUGUCAAACAUCGAAAAAUAAGUUUACAGUAUUCUGGGGAUUUUCCAUGCAUCAACGUUGGGAGAUCAAAGCACCCCGUCUAUAUUCCUCUCGAGCUUUGCACAUUGGUUUCCUUGCAACGCUAUACCAAGCCAUUGUCUACUCAGCAGAGAUCUUCACUUGUGGAGAAAUCACGACAAAAGCCUCAAGAACGGAUGCGAGUCAUAGAACAGGCAUUAAAAAGCAACAAGUAUGAUGCAAACCCAAUGCUCCGUUCUUCUGGAAUUUCAAUUAGUACUCAAUUUACACAAGUUGAAGGCCGUAUCUUGCCGACUCCAAGUUUGAAAUCAGGCAAUGGGCAGGACUUGUCACCUCGAAACGGAAGGUGGAACUUCAACAAUAAGGAACUAGCUCAACCAACAAAGAUUGACCCUUGGCUUAUUGCAAGCUUCUCAUCACGCUGUAAUAUGAAAACACUGAUUCAGGAUCUCAUUAAGUGUGCAAAAAUGAAAGGAAUUUCCAUGGGAUAUCCGGCUGAAAUUUUUACAGAGAAUCCUCAAUAUAUGCGACAACCAGCUCCUGUUAGAGUGGACAAGAUGAUUGGCACUAUGAUGUCACAAUUCAGACGUUUGCCCCAGUUUAUUCUUUGUAUUCUUCCACAGAAGAAGAACUGCGACAUCUAUGGUCCAUGGAAACGGCAAUGCCUUUCAGGUUGUGGAGUUCCCAUACAGUGCAUUGCACCAUCUACACCAGUAGUGAAUGAUCAAUACCUCACUAAUGUGUUGUUAAAAAUCAAUGCCAAGCUUGGGGGUUUGAAUUCUUUGUUAACUAUGGGAUAUUGUCCAUCCCUUCAUUUGAUUUCAACGAUACCCACUUUAAUCCUUGGAAUGGAUGUGUCCCAUGGCUCUCCUGGUCGGCCUGAUGUGCCGUCUAUUGCUGCGGUGGUAAGUUCCAGGCAUUGGCCAUCGAUUUCUCAAUAUAGAGCUACAGUCCGUACACAGUCUCCCAAACUUGAGAUGAUAGAUUCUCUAUUCGAGCCUCUGCCUAAUUCCAAAGAUAGUGGCAUAAUCAGGGAUGGAGUCGGUGAAUCGCAAUUCAACCAAGUCUUGAACAUUGAACUGGAACAAAUAAUUGAGGCCUGCAAACUCCUGGAUGAGCAAUGGCAUCCAAAGUUCAUGGUGAUUAUUGCACAGAAGAAUCACCAUAUAAGAUUCUUCCAGAAUGGAUCCCCGUCUAAUGUUCCUCCCGGGACAAUCGUGGACAACACAAUAUGUCAUCCAAGAAACAAUGAUUUCUAUUUGUGUGCACAUGCUGGGAUGAUUGGGACAAGCCGGCCUACGCAUUACCAUGUAUUGCUGGAUGAGCUUGGCUUUUCAGCAGAUGACUUGCAGCAACUUGUGCAUUCCUUGUGUUACGUAUAUCAGAGGAGCACCACGGCUGUAUCUCUAGUGGCCCCAGUAUGCUAUGCUCACCUGGCUGCAGCCCAAGUUGCCCAGUUUAUCAAGUUUGAGGACUUGCCGGAGUCAUCCUCUGGUCAUGCUGCUGCUCCAGUACCACAGUUGCCCUCCUUCCAUGAGAAGGUCGCUGAUACUAUGUUCUUUUGCUAAGCUUUGAGGCAGAGUUUAUGGAUGUUCUUGGGACUCUUUCUUGUUUUUUCUUUCUUCGCCUUCUUUUUCCAAAUUCAGUGUUGUGAAGGUCUCCAUAUAUCACAAGCCGUGGCUCAUCUUUAUACUCGGUUUUUUUUCUUCUUAUUUUGGCAUUUUGAUACAUUUGGAGAAUUCUGUAUACAAUUCGCUAGUGGGAUGAUAUCUUUGAUGGAACGAAUAUUUUCCUAUGAA